AUGUAAUAUUGUUGAAUAACUACAAAUUUUAAAGUAUUUUUGUAAUUAUGCAAGGGUAAAUAGUUGCCAUGGCAUUCAAUGAAUGAAGCGUUUAAUCAAUAAAAUAAAAGCACUAACAAUGGAUGAGAUAGAUUUGAGGAAUGAAAUAAUUCGUUUAAAAAAGCGUGCGAGUGUUUAUAGGGAAGAAAAUCAAAUGUUAAAAGUUAAAGUCAGAAAAUUGUCAAGUCAAAUGUUCAAAAAAGAUAAAGAAAUUGAAGCAUUGUUGAAUCCAAAACAGAUUUCUAAUUUUAGGAAAGUAUUUAGCGAAAGAAGUGUAGCAAUAAUUUCGCAGUUGCGGGAAGAAAAUGAAAAUUUGGAAAAGCAAUUAAAUGAAAAGAAUUCAAUUAUUAAAAAAUUACAGGAUAACUUAAAAAUUGCAAAAUGUUAUACUUCAUCUGAGGCGUUAAAUAAAAAAAACAAAUUCAACAGAAAUUCGGAUUUAAGGAAAGAAAAGUUACAGCUAAUAUUAAAUUUAAAAGAAAAAGAUCCUGUUUCAAAUUGUUUUACGCCCGAUGAUCAACAAACUCUCAUAGAAAUGUCAGAACCAAACUCAGCAAAAGAUGAAAGUAAAGGUGAGACUUGCCGUAUAAAAAAUUCUAGCCCUGAAAGUGAUUUGGAUAGAACGGAAUUAUUUUACCCUAGAAAUAAUAAACACGAAGAAAUUAAUUAUUUAGAAGACCAUUUUCUGGAUUUGUUAACAGAAGUUGAUUAUUUGAAAAAUACAAUAUCAAUAAUACAAAGUGAACAAUUGAAAACAAAACACGUACUUGAAAAUAAAGAAGACAAUAUUGAAAAAUUAGUGGAAGAAAUUGAGUAUUUAAAACUAAUCAAAAACCCAAAAAUUCAAAACAGUAGAAAUUCAGUCGGUUCAGCAAAAUCACACAUUCGUUCAAAAAAAGAGAAACAGGAAAUUUUGAAAAAAUUGUAUGGUUCAUCUAUUAAACACAAAAAGGAUUUUAUGCCGAAAUUCAUAAUAAUCAAAGAAGUUUCAUCAAAUACAGAAAAUAAAUCCACUGAAACAAGUGAAAAAGAAACUUCUAACAAGCAAAAUGAAGAGAAACAAUCUGACAAUAAAGAAGAAGACUCAGAAGCAGAAACCUAUUAAUAAUAAUAUUUCAAAUCAAUUUUAAUUGUAAAUAAAUGACUAUUUUAAGU